AUGGCAAGAAGAAAUCCUCCAGACGACACAUCAGUAGCGACUUUAGAAUCCAUAGAUACAGAUUGGCGCAUCCCUUUGAUCAAUUACCUCAAGGACCCUGAUCAGAACACAGAUAGAAGGAUCUGUUUCCUUGCCCUCAACUAUUUCCUCAGAAGUGAUGAGCUUCGUAGGAGAGGUGAAGAUGGCAUGGAUUUCAGAUGUGUGUAUGGCAUUGAAGAGAAGCGACUCAUGUGGGAAACUCAUUCCGAUGUUUGCGGCGCACAUCAGGCAGGUCCAAAAAUGCGAUGGCUGCUCAGAAGACUUGGAUACUUCUGGCCCAGCAUUCUAAAGGAUUGUAUCGCCUUCGCGAAGGGUUGUUCGGAUUGCCAGGCCCAUGGGCCGGUCCAGCAUGUUCCCAAUGUCCCAAUGCAGCCCAUUAUAAUGCCUUGGCCUGCGAGAGGAUGGGCACUAGACUUAAUCGAAAUGAUUCAUCCUUAUUCAUCUCUGUUUGGUAUUCCAGAAGUAUUUGUUUCAAACAGGGGGGCAUCCUUCAUGGGUGGAGGAGUUGCUAAACUGGCAGAGGAAUGGGGCAUACAAUUCAUUCAUUCUAGUCCUUAUUAUGCCCAAUCAAACGACCAGGCAGAGGCUAGCAACAAAAUUAUCAUCGCUCUCCUGAAGAAAAUGUUAGAAGCCAAUCCGAGACAGUGGCAUGAAACGCUCUAUGAGACCCUGUGGGCCUACCGUACUUCUAAACGGAAUCCCACCGCGACAACACCUUAUGCAUUAAUGUUUGGUCAUGAUGCGAUCCUACCUUCAGAGGUUGAUGUCCAGUCAUUACGAGUCCAGGAGCAACAUCAUCUGAUUGGAGAAGAUUAUGUUCAGACUAUGUGGCAGGAACACGAAGACCUUAGCACAAAACUCUUGGAGGCUUUAGAUAGCCUGGUUAUGGAAAAGCAGCAAGUCGCUCAUGCUUACGACAAGCGGGCGCGGGGACGGAGUUAUAGCGAGGGAGAGUUAGUGUGGAAAGCAGUUCUCCCGCUAGGCGAGAAAUUACAUGGUGCGGGAAGUGGACUCCCAGAUGGGAAGGCCCAUACGUCAUUUACAAGAUCUUACAGAAGGGGGCAUUUCAUCUAA